AUGAACUGUAUUGUGGUUAGAACAUAUAAUGAUAUUUCAUGUUCAGCUAACAAUAAUCGUAACAAUGAUUCAUAUAAGCGUCAAAGUUCAACUAACAAUGAUCGUAAUAGGGAUCCAGAUAAGCGUCAAAAUUCAGCUAACAGUGAUCGUAGUAGGGAUUCAGAUAAGCGUCAAUAUUCAGCCAACAAUGAUUGUAGCAGUGAUCCAAAUAAACAUCAAAAUUCUGCUAACAGUGACCACGGCAGGGAUUCAAAUAAGCGUCAAAAUUCCGUUAAUAGUGAUCAUAACAGUGAUCCGAAUGAUAACAAUUCAUUCCAUAAUCGACAAAUACAUUCUCAAAACUUAAAUAAUCAAAUAAUAACUUAUGCUCAACUAGUUAAAUUAUUAUAA